CGGAGAUUUCAGCAGCUGAGAAUCCGGAAGAAUGUAGCAGAAUCGACGAUUAGGGUUUUGCUCUCAGGGAGCGAUGAUGUUUUGUUUUUUUACAGUGUGGUUAGAAUUGCUGACGUGGACUUAAAUUUGGUUUAUUAUAUGGUAAAUGGAACGGAAGAACAACAGCGAGAAUAAAGUUCAUAGAGUGUGAUUUCGCCGGCGGUGAGAUCGCGGCAACAGCCACGGCUUCAAAAGAAAUGCUCACCCAGUUCCUUUAUCGCUCCUUCACUCCUCUCCUCUUCUCCAGAUCUUUCUCCUCUACGCUUUUCGUUAAAGGCAUAUCUUUCUCAAGCACUGAAGAAACAUUAACCCAAGCAUUUUCUCAAUAUGGUCAAGUUCUCAAAGUGGAUGUUAUAAUGGACAAAAUCAGAUGCAGACCAAAAGGGUUUGCUUAUGUCACAUUCUCAUCUAAAGAAGAAGCCGAGAAAGCUUUAUUAGAACUCAACGCCCAGUUGGUUGACGGGCGGGUCGUGAUCCUUGACACAACAAAAGCUGCAAAACACAAUCCACCAGACACCAAGCCAAAUCAUGCAGGUGGUGAUAGCUGAUACUUCUCUUUUGUCAACUUGUUAGGUUAAAUUAUGAGACUCAGAAAACCUUCAAACCAGUUUCGAGGUUAUUUGGAUUUGGGGAGUUAGUUGUAUCGAACACCUAGAGUUAGGAGCUUUGAGUCAUCAUAGACCAGUUUUGCGUUUUGCGUUUGAUCAUGUAUACAAGUCACGUGACUUGAGAGUCUUUGAGUCUUUUGGAUGAUUAUGCCUCUUCUUCUUUGCCUUCACAUACUAACCCAUUGUUCUCUUGAUCUAUUCACUAGUUUCUUCAUGUCUUUGGUAUCUACUUCUAACCAAAAGAUCGCUUAAGAACUA